AUUCUCCUGACUCGCUGUAAAAUCCAAAUUCAAAACUUCCAUAUUCUGUCCAAUUUGAUGUGUCACCUUGGUGUCAAUGACAAUAGGCCUUCUGCAUAUUUUGCCUGGAAACAAUUGUCCAAUGGAAAUAUUAACACCAAAAAAGGGCGGAGUGAAAUUAUUUUGGCAAUAACCAGCAAAGUGCAGCUAUUCAGCCAAAUUUAAACACAAGAGUCAAUAAAAUAUAACCCUUCUCUUAAUUUAAUUUCUGUCCGCAAGCAAACAUUCAAAUAGGUUCGUGCACAAUCAAUUGUUAUUUCCAUUAGGUGAAAAAGUUGCGAAGCUGCGGUAACAUAAUUGCUGGGGAAAUUCCAGCCACGCACACUGGAGACGUGAGACGUGACACCUGUCACUCAGACCCCGCCCCGCCCCGCCGCCGAGCCACACGCACAUGCCCAUUGAGCUGCUGCUCCCUCCAUUUGACAGCGGAAGCGGGAUGACGCUAUGAUUGACAGCGGCAUCCACCAUUGGCAAAGGGGCAGACGCGGGUGGUGGGGAUGGGGAGGCGGGGCUCGUCGCUGGUGGGAUUCAGUGGCGGUUGGUCCUCUUCCGGCUGGAACAUUCUUCUAUUUACAGUUGCUCGCCGGCCGUUUGGACUCACCGACCUCCAUUCGUUUCGUCUGUAGAGUUCGGCGGGACCGGGCGGAGGCGGAAUGAAGAUGCUGCUUCCCUUCCUCCCCGUCUGCUGGCAUAGACGUUGAGGUUGAAGCUGCCCUGGUCCGUUACGUUUGCACCCUUGAGUGCAACCUUGGUUGAACUGCACUCACCGCACAGACCAGAGUUUGUGCCCGGGAGCUUGCUGACUUAGGUGGUGAACCACUGAUUUAGUUUACCUAACAGUUUAGGUUUUUUCUAUGAAAUCUAUUUAAUACGUUCAACAAUGAAGUAUGGACGCUUCUCUUGGCCCUUGCAAUCAUAGCAACAAGUUGACUUUAAGAUACAAUCUAAAAUAACAACAAAAGUUUGCAUCAUGAUGAGUGCGGCUACAUGGAACAAAGACAAAUCCAAUAUGGUAACUCGUGAUGAGCCUAGAUAUUACCUAGUUGCUCAAGAAUGUACUGCAAUUGAAAAACAUACUCAAACGUUAGUAAGGCUAGUAAAGGGGACCAUGGUAAUGCUUUAUGAUCGAGGUCCUCAACUGUCAAAUAUUCACUGUAACAAGAGCAAAAGAGGGCAUAUUAUUGUGCAGUGCUUAGAAGACCCGUACACCACCAUGCUGGUUGAAGAAAAGGAUUUACAAGAAGUUGAACCACGAGUAGCUGAACUGCUUUUGGCUGUUUCAGCCUGUGAUGAGAGACACAUGUUGUCCAAAAACAAACCAAGAUUGCAAAAAGCACUCCAAAUUAAUUGUGGGUCAAAGGUCAAUGUUCAGUUGAGACCUGGUGAAGAAAAACUACCUGGUAUAGUAAGAUUUAAGGGACCGUUGCUGCAGAGUACAUUGCUGUGUGAAAUGUGUUUUGGAGUGGAAUUAUUGGAAGAAGGCAGGGGUCAAGGCUAUACAGACGGCUCAUACAAAGAAAAACAAUUGUUUCAGUGUGAUGAUGACUGUGGAGUUUUUGUCCCUUUUGACAAACUGGAACUUAUUGAAGAAGAAGGUGGUAUGGAACACGAAACUGGGAUCACUGAAAGGUUUUGCUACAGUGAGAAAUCUGCUUUACCAAUUAACUCAAGGGUGUCUGCAGUAAUUGAAGAUGAACUAAUGUUUGGUACAGUUGUAUUCUGUGGUCUGCUGCCAGGAAAAGAGGAUUAUGGCUAUUUUUUAGGUGUUCAAAUGGACAAUGGCUUCUGUGAUUGGGAUGGCACGUGGAAUGGGAAAGUACUGUGCAGACAUUCGCAAGAUAUAGCUCUUCUUUGGAUUGAAGAUGUCAUGCCAGAUACUUCAGAAUCAAGACCGUUGAAACAAGGCUUUGAAUCAAGAGCAUGUAAUGAAAAGAUCUCUUCAAAUAUAAAUAACAGAUCAAAGAAUAAAGGGCUUGUUUCACAAUCUGGAAAACCUCCAGGUCAUAAUCGGAGCCGAUCAGAAUUACGUUGUACAUUAAAUGGCACAUCAGUUGAUCCACAAACAAAAUCCAAAAGUACAUGGUAUAUUGACGAAGGAGGUGAAGAUGCAGCAAAAUCACUAGUAGAUACGCAAUCAAACUUGAGUCAAUCACCACCCACAUCAUCACUUCAAGCCUCACUUUCAAAUGAAAACAAAUUCCAUUCAUUGCCCUUCAGCCUCACCAAAAAGCCAAGUGUAAAUGGAAGCAUUGGCCAUCCACUUUCUUUGUCAGUUCAAUCAGUAAUGAUGGAUGUGAAUACCAGUGCAAAUCAAGAUACUGAAGUAGUUAGAGUGCCAAGCAAAGAACAACCCAGUUUGGAAGAGGGUUCAUUGGUACAAGUAAAGGAAAAUCCUCCUCUGUAUGGAGUAAUUCGGUGGAUUGGUCAGCCUCUUGGGGUUAAUGAGCAGAUAGCUGGACUUGAACUUGAAGAAGAAAGUGCAGGCUGUACGGAUGGUACUUUCAAGGGAGUACGUUACUUUGCAUGUGCAUCAAAGAAGGCAUUAUUUGUAAAGCUUAAAAGCUGCCGGCCUGAUUCAAGAUUUACAUCAUUGCCUCAUCACUCCAAUCAAAUUGAAAGAUGCAAUUCAAUUGCAUUUGGAGGAUACCGAAGUGAAGUAGUUAAAGAAAAUACCCCGCCUAAAAUGGAGAAGGAAGGCCUAGCCAUUAUGGUUGGGAAGAAAAAAGGCAUUCAAGGCCAUUACAAUUCCUGUUAUUUGGACUCCACUUUGUUCUGUAUGUUCGCUUUUAGCUCUGUGUUGGAUACUGUAUUACUUAGGCCUAAAGAAAAGGAUGAUGUUGAAUUUUAUACUGAAACACAAGAUUUGUUAAGGACAGAAAUAGUCAAUCCUUUGAGAAAUCAUGGUUAUGUAUCUGCUACCAAAAUAAUGAAACUUCGAAGAAUUCUUGAAAAGGUUGAGGCAGCUUCAGGAUUUACUUCAGAAGAGAAAGAUCCAGAAGAAUUUCUCAACAUUUUGUUUCACCAUAUAUUAAAAGUGGAACCUUUGUUAAAAAUCAGGUCAGCAGGGCAAAAAGUACAAGACUGUUUCUUUUACCAAAUAUUCAUGGAUAAAAAUGAAGAUGUUGGUGUCCCUACAAUUCAGCAAUUGCUUGAAUGGUCAUUUAUUACCAGUGAUCUUAAAUUUGCUGAGGCACCUUCAUGUCUCAUAGUUCAGAUGCCACGAUUUGGAAAAGAUUUCAAGAUGUUCAAGAAGAUAUUUCCAACUUUGGAAUUGGAUAUCACUGAUUUAUUAGAAGAUACACCAAGAGACUGUCGAAUCUGUGGAGGUCUUGCACUUUAUGAAUGCAAAGAAUGUUAUAAUGACGUUGAUAUAACUGCUGGAAAAAUCAAACAAUUUUGCAAAGCUUGCACUACCCAGGUACAUCUCCAUCCUAAGAGACAAGGACAUGAGCAAAGGAAAGUGACUCUACCAGAACAGAUGGCUGACUAUACCUGGAGGCAGUGCUGUGUGCCCAGGCAGAAGAUGAAAUUGUUUGCUGUGCUCUGCAUAGAAACUAGUCACUAUGUGGCUUUCGUCAAAUAUGGCCCAGAUGACUCAGCCUGGUUGUUCUUUGACAGCAUGGCAGAUCGGGAUGGUGGACAGAACGGCUAUAACAUCCCUCAGGUGAUUCAGUGCCCUGAGAUAGGGGAAUACUUGAAAAUGUCACCAGAAAAAUUACAUGGAUUGGAUCCAAAAAGUAUUCAAGGCUUUGCAAGAAGGCUGCUAUGUGAUGCAUAUAUGUGCAUGUACCAGAGUCCAACAAUGAGUUUGUACAAAUAAUCUGCAAACAUUUUAAGGCUUGGAGGCAACCCCAUCAACUAAUUUAUUACACUUAAAGGAUGUCCAAGUUGCAUAAAAUAAAGUGGGAGCAUGGCAAUAACUUUUCAAUGUAGAAUAUGUCUGCCAUUUCUUAAAUGUCCACCAAUUGAAUAUAAAAGUAGGAUUCCUUUUAAAGAUGAGGUGACAGCGUGUAAAUAAUUUUAUUUCACUUAAUUUUUGAAAAUGUGUAUAGGUACUAACAUGUUAAUGAAUCCCACACCUUUAUUGCUCUGUAAGAUCUUGCAUUGGAAACUCUUUCAUCACCCAGACAUCGUUUGGAAUAGUGUUAAUGAAUUGUGUCAUGCAGAUGCUGAAUUUGCCUGUUGUCUAUUUGGCACGUGUUGCUCGGUAUCAGUCUUGCAUUUCAGCAAUUUAAGUUCUUUUUACUGCCAGUCCCAAUCUGUUGACACAAUUUUUGAAGAGGUUGGUUCUUUUCACUGAAUCCUUCUAGUUUAUUUCCUGGUGCUUCCUGUUGUAUUAUGAAUUUUGUUUUUUUUUGCCAUGAGAAACAUUGUAACUUUCUAGUAGUAUCCAGAAUAUUUGGUAAAACUGAAAUAGUGCUUUGUUUUGUUUGAAAGUUGCUCAUAUUUUUGUAAUUUUGAGCCUUGAGAGAAAAGAAAUAGUUGUGUGAAAAGCAGGGCCCACGCAGCACUGACCUAAGUGUAUAUUUUUGGUAUAAUUUUAUAUUUUUGUCUUGUCGUUUGUACUUGAGGCUUAACCAGUCAGAUCCUUAAAUUAGAAUAUACAGUAAAUUUCAGUGAUAAGGCUGAUCUGGGUUUUUAAAGUAUAAUCAUCUAAAUCUUUAUUGUACAGAAAUCACUUUUGCUUUUGUGUACAAUUAUGUUAUGUCAGCGCCAUCUGAAGGAGAAAUUGAUUGAAGGAAAGCUAAGGAAGAAGAAGGUUGACUAGGCCUGCAUAACUUUUUUUGCACCUAGUUAAAGGAUCACAUUUGCAUAAGGCCUUGUCCACAGGAUAAUUGCUGAUAUAUUGUGAAUUUAGAAAAGCAAAGUAAAUGAGGCAUCAUUAUUUAAAUAUGUAUAUUAGAAUGAUCAUUAUGCUGUGAUGCAUUAACUUUGAAAAUCAAUUUGUAUUCAGUCUUAGCUGUAAUGGGAAGUUAUAUGUAUGGAGUCAUUAUUCUAAAAGGCUUUCAGCUUGAUACUGGAUGAGCAUGUUUAAUUAGUAUUUUUAUCAGCAUACUUUUGUAUUGAUAUAGUACUUGUAAAGAAAUAACUGGAAUCGAAAAAGUACCUCUUGGAUUAGUGUCAUAAUUUUUUUAAGACAGAGUAUGAGUUCAGGCAUGAUUGGUGUUUAGUUAUGUUUGGUUUAUCUACUAAAUGUUACUGCUAGAACAAUGGGAAAGAAAAAGGUAGACAUUGUUCCUGGCCCAGAGAGAAUGGACACUGGAAAUUUCUUUGGGGUUCUAUAUUUUCCCAACCAUAUUUUUGCACUCUUUGCUUUGAUUGUUUUGUUGAUCCAGUUUUGCAUGCUGUGUGUUGAGCUGUGUAGAACACAGUCCUGAAGAUCCAUAGAGAAGGGGGAAUGCAAGUAGUCUGACUUUUACUAUUUUACUUAGUGGAUAGAAGCAGCUGGUGGAAUUGAGACAGCUGUAAAUGGCAAAGAACUCCCCUUAAUCAUAGUAGACCAUAAAUAUUUGACUCCUUCCUUGCUCUUCCCCCUUUUCACUUUUAAUAUUUGUGUGUUUUAUCUUUUUUUGGGUGAAUUUUCUGGAAAGAAUUUUGACUAAAUGUGAUGGACUACAUUAUUAUUUUCUGGUUUAUUGAGUUAAUGAACCAUUUUGAGAUAUUACAAUAAGAGCUAUUGAUUAUGUGCAAGAUUACAAUCUUUUCAAGGGACUUUAAAAAAAAUUUUUCAUAGUGUGUUCAUCAUUGAGAAGGCCAGCAUUUAUUGUCCAAUCCUCAUUGUCUCUUGAACUGAGUGGUUUUGUAGGUAUUUUGAGAGUUGACCAAGUUGGUGGGUCUCCAGUCACACGUAAAUGAGACUGGGUAAGAUUGGCAGUUUUCUCCCUUGAUGAAUGUUGUUGAACUAGAUGGAUUUUUACAACAAUCUGAUGGUUCCAUGGGCACCGUGAAACUAUUCUAAAUUUAAUUAAGUAAAUUCAAAUUUACCAACUACAGUUUUGACAUUUGAACUCUGGAUCUGUAGUCCAGUCCUCUGGAAACUAAUCUAGUAAUUUAACUAUUAUGCUCUAAAAUAAGCAAAAAUUAAAUAUAGCUACUAGUUUCAAAAUGUAAUUCAAUUGUUUGCUAUUGUUGAAGUACUUAAGUAAUACAGUUGGGAAAAUGGUUUUAAUUUGGUUUCCUCCUGAAGGUUUCUUCUUUUCCUUCCCACCAUUGCUCCCCUCUCUCAUCCAAACCCCGGCACAGGCAGGGUGGCUAUUUGUUCAGGUUUAUUCAUGUCUGAGUUCUAACUGUUUAACACAGCAAUUCCUCUUGGUGUACGGGUUUUUUUCAUUAAAUAGAAAAUCUCUGGCCUUUCUGCAUUGCUCUUCUAUGGUCAGAGUGAAAUUUAUUUUAUGGAACUUGGAGUAAUUUCCAGUUAAAGUUUCUGUCACUGCAUACUGCACGGUAUACUGAAGGAGACUUGUUAAAUUCAAGCCAUGUUGUGGCCAGUCAAAGCUCUCAAAGCAAAAACUACUUUCUCACAAAUCAGGAUGUGAAAAAGUAAGCAAUGCUCUUACUUGGAGAUUUUGAUCAAACUAGUUGCACCAUCAGCAUUCUGACAAUUUGUGACAAAUUAACAGGAGCUUUAAAAAAAAAGCUCACACUGCAGGAAAUGCAAAGGCAUCAUGUAUCUAGGGUCCUUCCCUGAACCUGACACUUUUGCACCUGUCAUUUGAGAAUUUUCUGGCAGUUCCUACCUGCACUACUAAUUUAUAUUAACUCUUUUAAAGAUGUUCCCAGUUAGAAUAAACCAGUCCCUUAUUAUUGCACUUUCUAAAUGGCAGUUUUCAAGUUCUUGAAAACUUAGUGUCGUGGCAGUUUAGUACAUUGUCUUUUUUAAUUAGUUUACAUGAUGUGUAUGUCCCUACAAAGCUCAGUAUUUGUUCCACAUCCCUAAUUACCCCUAUCAAGGUGACAGUGGCGAUCAGCCCUCAUGAACAGCUACAAUAUAUGUGAUAAAGAUACUCCCUCAGUGAUGACUGCAAAGCAGUUCCAGUUAUAUCUCCAAGGCAGGAUGAUGUCUAACUUAGAGGGGAAACUUGAAAAUGCUCAUAGAGUCUUGGAGCUAGAUAGAUGAUGGCAGUCCUGUGCAAUUGUUGCCUUGACCUUAUGGGUAGUGGAGGUCAUAGUUUAGUAGGAGGUAAUUUGCAGCACUGCAUUCUGUAGAUGGUACACAUAGCAGCCAUUGUACGUUGGCAUUGGAGAAGGGAAUAUUGGUUAGUGGAGGUGAAGGUGUCAAUCAAACAUGUCUAAAAUGGACUCUUGGUUGUUGUUGGAGCUGUAUUCGUCUGUUGCCUUGGUGGUAGAAAGGCUUUGAGGGAGGAGUUCCUUGUUACAGGAUAUCCCAUCUCUGAUUUGCCCUUGUACCCACAGUAUUUAAUAGGCAGUUCCAGGUGAGUUUCUAGUCAAUGUUGACUCAUCCAAUCCCCCAAGAGUAUUGGUGAUGGGGGUUCUCAGUGAUGCUAAUGUUGUUUAUUGCAUGGAGAUGAUAGGAGAUGUAAUCAGCAGUUUGGUCCAGUGCCAUUAAAUUUCUUGGGGUUUGGUUUCUGCAUUGGGAACACCCAGAUGCACUUCCGCCUGAUAACACCACUACAUCUGGUGGGACAUUCCUGCUAGUGUACCCAUGAAUCAUAAUGGAGCGGUCUGUGAUUUUGGCUGCAAGGAAUUGUCUUGUGAGUUACUGGAUCUGGGUGUUACUUGACUAGUCUGUGUGACUGCUUCUCCAAUUUGGGCAUGCCCCCAGCUUUGUUUUUUAAGGAAAUCUUGUCCAAAUCUGGUGUCUGGGUUUCAUUCUUAGUGUGUUUUGCAAUAGCAUUUUGAUGUAAUUGAAUGCUUGCUGGGCUAUUUCAGAGUGGGACUGAAGUCGCACUUAGGCUGUACUGGGUAAGAGCAGCAGAUUCCACUGGGGGUGGAGGGCAUAAGUGACAUGAGUUUUAAGGCAGUGUGGUGAUUUCAUGGUCAUCUGCACUAUAUACUCUUUACAGCUUUACUUAAUUAACAGAAUUUCAGUUUUCCUGAUGCUGUGGUGGGAUUCAAGCUUGCAUGGUGGACAUUAAUCCAAACCUUUGCAUUACCUGUCCAUCAAUAUUUUAUUCCCUGCUGUCUUUGUCCUACAGUUUCCUUUGCUAGUUAGGUAGGGCAGACUACUUCAGUCUGAGCAUGUGAUCUUAAUGCACAGCUGCUCACAAACUGCCAUUUCUUCAAAGGCAGGUGCAAGUGGAUGGAGGAAGAAUAGAGCUCUCUUGGUGUUGGAAGGGGUAGAUUGUGAGAAUCUGAGACAUAUUUAAGAGAACCUUGCAUAGAUUGAUGCCUGUUAGUGAGAGUGGAUGACCAGCAGGUAAAAUGAUCCAUUCCUUUAAGGUCCUUCACCCAAAAUGCAAAUUUAUACAUACAACAGAAUGCACACCACAAAAGUAAUGAAAAAGGCUAUUUUCUUCUUUGAUGCAAGUGAUGCGACUUGGUGCACAGUUAAGAUCCACUUUGUAUCGUUGUAAUUUUUUUUGCAGUGGCACAGAACUGACAGUACAAUUCGAACUUGGUCCCAGUCGUACUCAGCUGUAGUUCUGUGAGAACCCUUGGAGAGGCUUUCUCGCAUUGCUUGGCCUUGACACCAUGUGGCAUGUAAUUCCAGUGUGGUGUCAAUCUACAUUUAAAAUGUGAUCUCAUGGGCACUUUAUAAAUUGAUAGGGUUUUUCUUUUGAGGAUAUAUAUAGGGUUCCAUGUACAGGAACAAUUCCAGUUAGUCAGUAUAAAUGAGGUAUUACUGACUUGGAAUUGAUUUUGUAACUUCCAAACUCAAAUUGGUAACAUAGUAUUGUUGGCCUCAGCCUCCACUCAUCUUGCAAUUCUGUUUAAAUCACAAGGUUCAGAUUGCUGACAUGAUGCAGGACUGCUGCACUAUUGGAAAAUAUAAAGCUGCAUUUUGUGAGGUGAAAUUGUAUUUUGUUUCAUCAUGUUUGUAACCAUUUGGCUGUAUUUAUACACAUUCUAAAAUUUGUGUUGUAACUUGUUUAAUCUUGUGCAGAGCUAUGACAAAAUUAAUUUAUUUUGAUGCAUUUGGCAUGCUUUGUGAAUUUGAGUGCUCGUAGGAUAUGUAUCAAAUGCACAAAUACAGAACAUGGUGAUAUUUUUCAAUAUUAUUGAUGCAUCAGUUACUCUCUUCCUUUCUGAUGUCUGCUCAAGCGUUAUGACUGUUGGCCUGGUUUAGUAGCUGGUUUAUUUUCCAUGAAGAUUAGUAUUUGAACAUACUUUUUUGUUUCUGAAUCGCCAGGAGUUUCCCACCCUCUCUAUUGCCUUGAGUUACUACCCCUAAAUUUAGCUCGAGUUAGAGUUAUAAAAGAUAGAAGCAGGCCCUUUGGCUCUUCAUGUCUAUGCCGGCAUAUGGUGUAAACUAGUCCUAUGCGUAUUACCGGUACCAAAUUCUCAUUGCUGUCUGUACAAGAUACCAUUAACAAAUUGACAUUUACUUUGGAAUUUGCUACCCCUUCCGUCAAGGAACCAGGAAUUAAGGUUACAAGAUGUGUUUUAUAUAAACUGAGCUACUGAUCCCGGCUAACUUGUUUCAUUUUUAAUUAUUUUGAGCACUUGAGUUUCAAUAAAAUAAUUUUGCUGGGCAAACUGGCUAUUGGUAAUAAUUUAUAGAUGUAAAACAGUGAAAAUCUGGGGGGGCCAGAUUUUAUAGUGGAGAACCUAAAUUUUGAUGCUUGGCAUUUUGCAACCAAAGUAUUAGUGCACUAAGUUCUAAUUACUUGAACAAUUUUAAGUAAUCCUUGUUUGUCAGUUUUGUACAUCAUUGCCAGAUUGAUUGCGAAGUCCAUUUGGAGCAAAGUGGGGUUUUUCAUUACUUGCAUGCUUCUGUACUGAGCUCAGAUUAAAAAUUAAAAUACUGAAUUGCUGAGAAAUAGGAUGUGUAUUUUCACACUUAAGCAUUGUUUGCUUGCAUCAAAUAUGAUGCUGCAUUUGAUUUACAGUCACCUACCUUGAAUCUGUAAUUUUGUGAAAACUCAAUAUAUAUUUCAAAUUAAAAGAGUGAACUUUGCAAAUUCUACAGUUGCUUCUAAAACAUUGUUUGUCUGGAAAGUUAUAAUGAAGCUAUUUGCAUGAGAAAAUAGAUGCCCUUAGGGAAUGGCAUCCUUAAGGAAUGGAUCUGUCAGAUUUGUACAUUUCAUCUACUUGUGGUUGUUUGACCUAUGGCUCCACCUUCAGGGUUUUUAGUUGAAUUGCAUUGUUUUUAUCUCAAGAAUUAGCUAUUACUAGAUUUUAAAAUCAAAAAAUGUUUCAAACAUUUUACCAGUAUCAGAUGCUUGGAGUCUGAAAUAAGUAAAUGAAAAACAGAAAAUUCUGGAAACACGCAGCAGGCUAGGCAACAUCUACAGAACAAUACAGGCCCUUCGGCCCACCAUGUUGUGCUGACCUUUAAACCACACCUAAGACUAUCUAACCCCUUCCUCCCACAUAUCCCCCUAUUUUAAAUUCCUCCAUAUGCUUAUCUAACAAUCUCUUGAACUUGACCAACGUACCUGCUUCCACCACUACCCCAGGCAGUGCAUUCCAUGCACCAACCACCCUCUGGGUAAAAAAAACAUCCCUCUGAUAUCUCCCUUGAACUUCCCACCCAUUACCUUAAAGCCAUGCCCUCUUGUAUUGAGCAUUGGUGCCCUGGGGAAGAGGCGCUGGCUGUCUACUCUAUCCCUCUUAAUAUUUUGUAUACCUCUAUCAUGUCUCCCCUCAUCCUCUUUCUCUCCAAAGAGUAAAGCCCCAGCUCCCUUAGUCUCUAAUAAUCCAUACUCUCCAAACCAGGCAGCAUCCUGGUAAAUCUCCUCUGCACCCUUUCCAACGCUUCCACAUCCUUCCUAUAAUGAGGCGACCAGAACUGGACACGGUACUCCAAGUGUGGGCUAACCAGAGUUUUGUAAAGCUGCAUCAUUACUUCGCGGCUCUUGAACUCGGUCCCAUGACUUAUGAAAGCUAACAUCCCAUAAGGUUUCUUAACUACCCUAUCCACCUGUGAGGCAACUUUCAGUGAUCUGUGGCUAUGAACCCCCAGAUCCCUCUGCUCCUCCACACUUCCCAGAAUCCUGCUAUGGAAAGAGAGUUAAUGUUUUAGAUCGUAAAGUUGCAGAGGAGGUGGGGGAGAGAUGGAUAGGACACGGGUAUUUGACCUGAAAUGAUAACUGUUUCUCUUCCCACAGAUGCUGCCUGACCUAUUAAGUGUUUCCAGCAUUUUCUGUUUUUACUGUUAAAAAUAUGAAUGUUUUAAUUUGAGCUCAAUAA